AUGGAGAAAGAGAAAGUGAGUGAGGAUUUCUUGAGAGACAUAGUCUUGGACUGGCGAGCUUUGAGGUCCAAACGACAGAAGCGAAGAAAAUUUAAGGAUUAUCAAGAGCAACUGUUGAAGGAGAUUCCUGGAGCGGCCAAUCGUACGAAUGUUGCAAUGCAUGCCGUGAUUGACGUCACUACUUCUGCAGGCGAGAACCAAACCAAGGGAAUGGAAGCGAGUACAGAAAUUCGUAAUCAGGCGCUUAUUCAUUACAUCGCGCGGCUGGCGAGCUCAAACAACGAUGAUGACGAAUUUGAUUUUUCUUUUGUCGAGUCACUCUUGGAGAAUGGUGCCGACAUUAACACCGCUGACAAGUAUGGACAGACGAUGUUUCAUGAAGUGGCACGAUCAUGGAAUGUUGAUGUUGCCCGUUUUCUGCUAAACAGAGGUACCGUGUAUAUUUCCUUCACACCUAAGAUGAUAAACGCACAAUCUGAGCCGUAUUUUGAUUCAAAUAAAUCAGAGUAAAAUGAAAAAAGUUUUGCCUGAGCUCACGAUGCUAUGCAAAGAAUACUCAGCGACAUGGCAGUUUUUGUGUGCAAUUUCUGGUGCCUAUUGUGCAAAAUAACGUCAAAGUUUUGCCAAAAUAGUUUUCGGGUAGUUGUAUAUCUUUCACAGGCCGCAGCUACAGAAUGAAAAACUGCAUAAUUACUGUUGAAAUGGCAUCCUGAUCGCAGAGUUGUAAGGCAUAUACCCUAAACAUACCCUAAAAUAUUUCUCUUUCAGCUCUACCAUUCAUCUAUGAUUUCACUUAAAGUGCCUAUGAUACGAAAUUUCACCCCAAUGGUUUAUGGUUGCAUUGUAAAGAUCACUUAAAAUGACUUAUUAAUUUAUUUUAUAGAAUUUUGGUAACUUGCUCCCUUUUCAAGAUAUUCAACUUUGUUUCAUAUAUGCAAAUAUCACCGGUGUGACAUCACAUCACAUAAUGAGUUUUCAGAAAAGUAUAGUUUUCUUGACGAAUACGUAUCUAAACAACUUAAAAAUUGCCCUUGUAUAAUAUGUACUAAUUUCAUAACUGGUAAUUAACCCUCUGUAUGUGUUUGUAAAUAUAUUUUGUCAAGGUAAAAUAUUGCGUUUUCAAAAUGUCAUUAUGCGAUGUGAUUGUCACACCGGUGAUAUUUGCAUAUGAAACAAAGUUGAAUAUCUUGCAAAGGAAGCAAGUUACGACAAUUCUAUAAAAGAAAUUAUUAAGUCAUUUUAAGUUAUCUUUACAAUGCAAUCAUAAACAUUUGGAGUAAAUUUCGUGUCAUAGGCAAUUAAAUUAUUUUUUUAAUUUAAAAUCCACAGGGGCGAAUAUUAACCAACAAGACAAAUAUGGUCGUGCCCCGCUUCAUGUUGCUGCAGCAGUAGACUACACUGAAAUGAUUGAGUUCCUGCUUAACAACAAUGCUGAUAUCGACAUCACUACAUUUGGUGUGCCUAUGAUACGAAAAGUGCCUAUGAUACGAAAUUUCACCCCAAUGGUUUAUGGUUGCAUUGUAAAGAUCACUUAAAAUGACUUAUUAAUUUAUUUUAUAGAAUUUUGGUAACUUGCUCCCUUUUCAAGAUAUUCAACUUUGUUUCAUAUAUGCAAAUAUCACCGGUGUGACAUCACAUCACAUAAUGAGUUUUCAGAAAAGUAUAGUUUUCUUGACGAAUACGUAUCUAAACAACUUAAAAAUUGCCCUUGUAUAAUAUGUACUAAUUUCAUAACUGGUAAUUAACCCUCUGUAUGUGUUUGUAAAUAUAUUUUGUCAAGGUAAAAUAUUGCGUUUUCAAAAUGUCAUUAUGCGAUGUGAUUGUCACACCGGUGAUAUUUGCAUAUGAAACAAAGUUGAAUAUCUUGCAAAGGAAGCAAGUUACGACAAUUCUAUAAAAGAAAUUAUUAAGUCAUUUUAAGUUAUCUUUACAAUGCAAUCAUAAACAUUUGGAGUAAAUUUCGUGUCAUAGGCAAUUAAACUAUUUUUUUAAUUUAAAAUCCACAGGGGCGAAUAUUAACCAACAAGACAAAUAUGGUCGUGCCCCGCUUCAUGUUGCUGCAGCAGUAGACUACACUGAAAUGAUUGAGUUCCUGCUUAACAACAAUGCUGAUAUCGACAUCACUACAUUUGGUGAACUACAGACACCCAUUCAUUUUGCUGCGAAGAACGAUGCCUGCCAAGCACUGAAGCUGUUUAUGAAUUAUGGUGCUAAUGUCAAUUGUCGAGAUUAUCAGAAUAGGACGCCGAUUCAGGUUUGGAUUCUUUGUUUUCUAAAUCAUCUACGUUUUCUUAUCAUUUAUCUUAUUAAUUGUUGUUUAGAAUUUUCUAAAUUCAUGGCAACCAAGAACAGCACAAUAUCACACAUAUGUAUGUUUCGCCUCUAGUAAAAUUGGAAAUUUUAUCAAGUGCGCGAAGCGCACGCAUUGAAAGACUUCGCUAAUGCUUUCGUUUCCCCGGGUGUAAAUAGCCGAGGGGGGGAUUAGUACCCUCGCACGGCGCUUCGCGCCGUCGGAACCGUCAAUUUAAACCAUUUAAUUUAAUCAUAACAAGACUUCCUCUUCAUUAUCCAAAAUAUUAAUGGAUGGGAGUUAGAGAGCAAAACAAGACGAGUCACAAUAUGAACUUGUAAUAUUACACCGCAAAAAUAAUAUCAAUGUCUUGAAUACGAAACAAUAUAUGUAUAAAAAUGAAUAUUAACACAGUUCGUAUAUCCCUAGAGUCUGGACAUCGUUACUUCUCUUCUUAGUUGCCUUUUGCACCUACAGUAGUAAGAGUAAACCGAAAUAAAACUGAUAUUGAAUAAUGGGAAGGGACGCUAUCAUAUCUUAUUUCGAAUUGCUCAUGAAAUUAUAAUAUCAAUGCGUGCGCGCGCUCCGCACACUGAUGAAAUUUACGAUUUCAUUUCACGAACCUCCAUAAGAUAUAAUAGCGUAUGUUCAAAGCAUUCCGACCUGUUUGUAAUACUGUUGUCUGGAACCCAUCCUGCCUAGCUGUUUGCUCAGAAAUUAUUUCUCCCAAGCAGUGUCUUUUCAAAAGUGGAUUAUUUCUUCUAGUUGGCCGUAUUCGUGAUUUCCUGACAUGAGAGACAUUUAGCCUUGGCGUUAGAGAUAGAGGCACCCUUAGUGGAGUGAGCAUAUUAAAUUCUGAGGUUUCCACAUCCGCUUCGUUAAUUAUUCGUAAUAACCAGACCACAGUUAGUACAGUUGUACAGGGAACCACCUCCGUGUGGGGCUCAACUACAAAGCUCAACAACAAUUGGCUCUGACCUGAUACAGAGCGCCAACCCUUUUGUACGAUAUAUAUAAGAGUGAUGGUUGACACCACACAUAACAAAGGAUCCGACUGCAAGGGACUAAAUUUCAACUUGAUUGGCCCUUUUCCCUUCUUUCGGGACUUAGUCAGUCGACCAAGCUCAAAAACAAUGUUGUUGUCAUUGUUAUUGUCAUUGUCAUAUGUCUCACAUCGAGAGCUCGUAACUCAAAUGAACGACCUGUUGAUGCAAGGGCCAAUAGCAUACUUACGUUAUGUGUUCAUUCUUGUGCCCUACUUACUGUCCAUCAACAAGCUUAUGAUAGGCAGAAAUCCUUACCUAUGAUUGUUAAUUAUGCGAUAGCAUGUUCCUUUUCCAAACAUGGUGGUUAACUAGUCAGCUACAGUGGCCACAGUGGAGCAAAAUAGAUCGAUUUCUCUUUCAGAACACCAGCUACACCACUGCGGCCAGGGACUAUUGUAAGCAGUUGUAGUGCUUUUGCGCCAGGAGUGCUUUUGAGCAGUUUGCUCUCCUGUCAUACCCAAUCAAGGGAUCUGGAAAGCAUCUAUUGCUUUGGCAAAUGGGUCUAGAAACCACCUCAUAUAACUCUCCAGUUAGUCGGUUGGCAAACAAGUCUAUUUGUAUAGGGGCCCCACUGGGUACUCAGUGUUUGAAAAUACAUGGGGAUUCAAUUUCCAGUCGCUCGAAUCCUGAUAAUGUCGCGACUCUCAAUCGACUUCGUGAUUGGAUUCCCCCGGUAAAUACUUUCCUUUUAGAGAGAUUUGGCUGUGGAGAACAUCAGUGGCGUAGCCAGCCCGACGAUUUAGUCCCGCUAUGCAAAUAUUGCCAUGUUUAUAAACUAUCAACACAAGGCCUUCCGCGCUGCAAACAAGGUGGCCUUUAAUUCUAGGGCAUUGAUAUGAAGAGAAGUGACCUCUUGCGGGCUCCAUAGUCCCGUUGUACGAAUCCCUUGACAAACUGCACCCCCAGCCCGUCACUGGUGCAUCUGUUGUUAUAACCAGAUCUGGGGCUGGUGCAAUUAUGACUCGAUCAUUCCAGUUGGAGAUCUGGUGAAUCCACCAUUGAAAGUCGUUCCGACAGUUCUGAUCGAGUGAGAGCAUUGUCUGUUCGGAUUUUCCCGUCAACAACAGACCUUUGAUUUGCAACCGUUGUAGAUCGAUAGAGUGUGGCUGUGUGCUGGGAGAACUAUCUGCACUCAGGAUGUUAGUUUCCCUAUCACUAUGGCUACUGUCCUGACAAAGGACAUUUGUUGUUGAAUCAGAUCUCGAGACGAUAUUGUACAGAAUUAUUCAUUUUUGCUUCUGCCAACGAGAACUUAUCACAUUUUUAGAGAAUUUAUCACAAAUCCCAGAUACUCCAUGGAAUGCGACGGCAUCCACAUAGUAUGCCAUCCUCAGAGACGCAAGAGGGACACUACUGGCGUCAAGAACUGGUUCUAGACCAAAGGGGAGGCAAGUGAAUUGAUACAGUCCCCCACUCCAAGUGAACAUCAGGAACCGUUGAUGCUGUUUGCUCAUGGGUACCGAAAAAUAAACAUCCUUGAGGUCGAUUUUCAUCUUAAAUUCCUUGGGGAGACCACCUUAAGCAAGCGCUCCUUUUUGCAGCAUUGCCACAAUUUCCUGAUCGAUUUUUACCAUUUCUAACUGGGUAUGAGUGUGGGGAGCUGGCAGUUUCAUUAAAUGGUAUUAUUUCUCGAAAUGGUAUUAUGACUCCGGAAACUAUCUGAAGAAUGAAUUGAUCUUGAGUUAGGCACUCCCAAUUUUUUGGAAAUACUGGAGUCUCCCAGCUAGGGGUAGAGACCAUUUUGAAAUUGACGUAUCUAGCUCUAUAUUUUUAAGGCGGGAUGGAUAUUCAGUUGGGCAAUCUGCUGUGGAGCGCCCAGAGCAUGAUCUGGGAGUUGACAUGUCUGAUUCAGGUGAUUUCUGUUGGGCUCUGAAUCAGUGGCGCCACCAGCUCGAUAAUUAGGGGGCGAAUAUUCAUAUCUUCGUGUUCUGCAUUAUUAACUUCUUUUGAAAUCGAUUGUUUUAUGGUCUGUGAGGACCUUUGAGGAGGACCAGUAGGAGGACCAGUAAAUGGCCGUGAGAAAUCUCUUUUGAUGAUUUCCUGAGCUUUGUUGUCUUGAGGAGAACUUUGACAAACAAAGUCCUAUGAGGCUUGUUUUAAUGAAGUCUGAUGAUUCUUGCGAGUUCUGACCUCCCCUACUCCCAUAGCUUCUAUACGGGUUCCAUAACAUUAGGAAUGGAAGAUUGCACUCUGCCGAGAGUGCAUGUCAAAUAUUUUCCCAAGAUUACCAUCAACCUUUGGAGUUUUUAGGCACCGAAUAUUCAGUAUGGGAUUUGCAUCAAGCACUGCUUCCUAAAGAUCCUUGUCAGUGACAUAGGAUAAACAUUUAUUUGUCAAGUAGUACUUCACCAUAUCUUCUGGUAAGACCAGUGUCUCACAGGCUGUGCUAUCCGUGUCAAAACGCACGUAAACAUCACCUUCGGGCCCAGGUCCGUUGAAGUGUUCUUUCGCGCUGCUUGUGCAUUUACCGUUGUAGCAGGCGUUGGCGUUGCCUCUCGCUUUGGUGAGGACUUACGCUUCUUGCGACGUUUGUAGUCGCUGUCUUUACUGCUAGCAGAUUUACCUGAGUCGCUGCUAUUGCUAGAACUCCACGACGAGCUUUCAAAACUGCUAAAAAGUCUCAGAAUGCCUCCAUUGUGCAGCUCGGUUUUUACCUUUCAACCCCGUGUGUGAAGGUGUCAAAUCGUUGUCUUCAACGGUGUCUUCAACGUUCAAGGACUCCGACGGGGAUACAGCCACGUCCUCUGUCAUCGGUUCUGUAACUUUUUUAGUGGGGAUGGCUCUAUUUGGUGAAGGAUUGCAACGAAAAACCGCUUGAAGCGACCACUUUGCUACCUUGGUUGCAGAGGUUCAUUUUCAUUGCAUAAUUAUUUUAGAAAGGGCGACGGGAAAAUAAACCUCUGGUUGAAAGCUGCAAUAACCUCGCUAUCGUGCAACGACAUCCAAUUAACGACCAACCAAUUAAGAAAACCUUGGGACGUGACCAGUUUUGAACUGAACCAAUGAGAGAACUUUUUGUAAUCAUUCAACCAGGAGAUAAUUACAAUCGGUGGUCUUACGGUUUAAACCGCUUUCAACCAGAGGUUAAUUUAUUUUCAUUUCUAGCAUUGUAUGGCUAAUUAAUGAUUGCUCGUCAAUUAUAGUUGUCCCACUUUUACUUUAACACUGAAUCACUUUGGCUGUCCCUUGAGACUUUGUGACAUUGGAUCAUCCGGUCCCUAUUAAAUGAAGACAUUAGACUGGAGUUGCAUGCAUAUCGAACUCUGCUAAAUUAAAUAUCUACAGAAAAAACCACUAGCUAAAAAUUUUCAAACCGUAGCCUAAUAGCUAACUUUUUCAUUAUGAAUUUUCGCUACAACGCAAGAUCAAGUUCAAGUUCAAUUUAUUUCACACUAUUUGGCGAAAAUAUUACAUUAGAAGAGAUACUCAUGCAUAAUGUAUAUUCGGUAUACUGAAUAUAUUAGAAAGUUUUAAAUUAUGAUAUUGAAAUUGUGCACGGUGUCCAAAGUAGCAUAAGCUUUCGAGUUGGCCACCGUCUACUUUUGAUUUAUUAGGUAAAUUUUUGAGCUAAUUGCAUAUAUCUCAUUACUAUUUGGGUUUUACAGUCAAUAAAUUGAACUCUUGGUCGAAAGAAGAGAAAGAAAAGUAGCAAAGAAAGUUGUCGUAAUACACAAAAAUAAAGCUAUUUUUUUAUUAACCUAAUCAUUAAUUAAGUAGUUAAUUCAUUUAUUUAACCAAUCCAUUGAGGCAUAAAAUAAAUCGAUCAUAAAAAAUUCACAGACGAUUUCUGGCCAUUCAUUAAUUAACCAUAUGUAUUAAUAUGAUUUUUAUAGGUUGCAGCUUCAAUGAGCAGGACAAAAGCGGCCCGAUUCUUUGUGGAACUUGGUACACCGACAGGUGUAUACGAUCACAACGGAGAGAUGACUCUUUCUCUUCUAAUCCUCAAAAUGCCUGAGGUAGCCACCAUUGCUUUGGAUCAAUUUCGUUCCCAAGACAUGAUCAACAGAAAGGAAUAUAAUUUUCUCAAUUAUAUCGAAGGUCCGCGCAUUUUGGAAGAGGACCCACGUUCAAACAGAGCCCGGUCACCUCUGGAGGUCGCCAUACAAUACGAACAAUAUAGUAUUGUUAUGCAUCCAGUUAUGAAAAGACUUAUUAAUGUGAAAUGGGAGUUUUUUGGGAAGAAAGGUGCUCAAAUUGAUUUAAUCGUGAACGUCGUUUUCGCCUUUGUGUGGACGAUACUUGGUAUCACUAUGCCGUUACAAGCUGAUCAAUUAUACUGGCCGUUAAGGUACAGUAUAUGUAAUUUUAUGCAACAUAUAUCAUACACGAAAAGAAGUGCCUCGGAUUUGAAACACCAAAAUUGUGGUGAUCUGUGUCUUAGUUAGAUUUUGGAAGUGUUUCUAAAUUACAGAGCGUGUAUCUAUUCAGAAUAGCCAAAUACACUGUUCCCGUUAUGAUCGCCAACAAUAGACUACAAGGCCGACAUUAUACAAUGAGUUACUAUAGAGAUCCCUGGGAUUUACAUUAAAGGCUACAUUUUUACAUCAUUAGGGUUGCCACCAACCUAGUCCCAGUCGUUCUGAAGCAAGUGCGAGAAAAAACGAGAAUGUAGUAUGAGACUGGGACCUAGGUGUGACAUCACAGCUAAAGGUGCUUCCGAACGCCUAGCAGAUUUCAGUAUAAUUUUCAAUAUGGCGGAUAAUUUGUAUAUACAACUAACCUUAUAAAUACAACAAUGUUCGUUGAUCAUAUUCGAUGUCUACAAAACCAAAUUUUAAACUGUAUCAAAAAUGUGCUCAAUUAAAAAAAUUAUAUGAACUGACACUGAACAUCGCCAUUGGUAAAAUGUUCAAAACAGUUUUGUCGUAUAAUCCUUGAUGUUAUUUAUAUACUCGCAAGUUGUGAUCUACAUUUGACCAUACACAACUAUGCUUUCUACUUGCAUAACAUGACUGUGUUGUCAAACAGUUUUAGUCGGAGAAUCAGCAUAAUUCUCAAGCUUGUAGACAACGUUCAAUGGCUUUAUGUUCUAGUGAACACGAGGCCGUUAUCUUUAUCAGUGAUACCACUAUAACCACAAUGCAAAGCGCUACGAAAACGUAAUAAGGGGAAUCGUCAAUUAGGCCAAAUCGUCAUUAGUGCCGUUUAGAAAACAAAAAAAAAAGGCCAAGACAAAGAAAACAAAGGCCUAGUGUGACGGUGUUUGGCCUAAUUAUUCAGCAAACCUAUAAACCCUGAAUCCGGGACCAUUUUACUGAAAUCUGCUAGGCUCUCGUGCUGAAGCGUUCGGCACAGCACGCCCAGGCAUAAAACGUAUAAAACUUUUAAAUAUAUCGAAACAGCGUAAAUAGAGAGAGAGAGCCUGGGACUAGGCUGGGUUGCCACUACAUAUUAUAUACACCUUACAAAAAGGAAUGGAUUUACCAAUUUCUACAUAUUAAAUAAUAAAUAUUACAUACUUUCUUCCGACAUAAAUCGGAUCAAAUUCUGUUUGCAUACGGUAUUUUAUCUUAUGAACCCACACGUGUGGCAUUUUCAUGUUUGGCCGCGAUAAGCCGACUUUUGUUAAGGUGGGCGAUAUUAUCAAAGGUGGGCCUUCAAAGCUUGAAAUAAAGAUACUGAUAAGUGAUAAACCGAAGCUGUUUCAUGCUAGAGUCAGAUAUAAAUUAUCUAAUGUUUGGAACAUAGUAAUCAAGUACAAAUUACUAAAAUCAUUAUCGAUAUCACACUAGUGCAAUUGCGAAGAACUUUCCAGGUUAUGAUCACGCAAUCUGCAAAAAUAUUAGGGGCUCAGCUCCCCAAAUCGAUAUGGAAUUUUAACAAGGGUUCUCAGCCCCCGUCAGCCCCAUCUACUGCAUCUCAGCUUUAUGAGCUACCUUAAUUCACUUUUUUAUUGCAGGCACACGUGGUGGCGUCUUCUCUUUGCUAUAGCUGCUGUGUCGUUAACUGGCUUUGAGUUGUAUAAACAAGUGACCAGUUUCAUUUACGUAAACAAGGCUAUAAGACGUUGGAAGACGUUUCGUGAAAAAAGUUUGUGGAAUGAUAAACGAUUUUGCCAUCCAAAAUGGCGGGACGAAAACGAGUACUUGGACAAAGAGAUCAAAGACACGCGCGAAGAACGAUACUUUACCAGGCAAGAUAGCUGGAUAUUUUUAGAUUGGAUUGCUUUACUGUUGGUAAUCUCUAGCAUUGCGUCACAUCUUUCCUUCCUUGUUACUGGUUCCAAGCUGUCACGCGAUGUCCACGUUCGUAUUGUAUCGUUUGUAUUGAUAGUACUCUUUGUAAGGUUGUUGAAAUUCACUCGUCCCUUUGAAGGUAUGUAA